AUGAAUUUGUCAAUUUUCAUCACAAUUUUGUGCAUUUUUGUCAGUUUUGCAACUUCAGAAUUCUUCAACAACCUCAAUUCAGAUGAAUUAUUCAAUUUAGAUGCAGACUUUCCACAAAUGCACAGCCACAGCUCAUUUUCAUCAAGUUCAGGGUCAAGUUACUCAUCAUCUUCAUCAUCCAGUUCUAGCUUCUCAUCCAGCUCAAGUGAUCCAGAUGCAAACUUUAAAUCUUCAUCGUCCAGCAACUCAAUUUCAGUCAACGCAAAAUGCAGCGGAAAAAAUGGAAAUGAAAAUUGUGAAGGUGAAAAAGUAACGCAUAUAAAUUCAAUGGAUUGCGACUCGUUGAGUCCAAAGUCAUGUGUGACGAAAAAUAAUAGGAAAAUUGAGAAACUUUAA